AUGAAGGUGGCGCUUGCUCUUGUGACAGCGUAUUCUAUCGCAGUUGUUACCGAUGCUGCAAUUACAUUUUCAGACUUAGAAGCCGGAACAACAAAUGGAAGUAGUGAACCCAGUGAUGAGCAGAGAUUGCGCCCUUUUUCUCGAAAAAACAGCGGUCACGGCCGGACUUUAAAAAACAAGAAAAGUAAUGAAACCCCUUCUGGUAGUGGAGGGAAAGGCGACACAUUCCCUGUUGGGUCUGAACCACCGUCGCCUUCACCGAAGUCCGGUGGAGAACGACCGGCUGCACUUCCUCCUUACAGCACUGGUAGCGGGAAGUCCAAACGAAAGCAACCGGAAGAGUCGCGAUCUAUGAAAAAGAGCGACAAAUUGAAAAUUGAAUCAUCAACGAGCUCUAAAAGCGGGAAAGGAAGUGGGAGCGGCAAAAGGAGCGGGAGUAGUAAGGCAGACAGCAGCCAAGGAAAGGGAAAGGGCAAAGGCAAAGGGGGUGGGGUUGAAACGGCUGCACCCAUUGGCUGCGCAAGUGAUGUAGCGCAGACAAUUCUUAGUCAAGUAAAUGAAGUCAUUACUCGGAAUCCCGAGCGAUGCUGCUCGUUCGAUGGACCGACCGCAGUUUUUGUAACUCAUGCGUUGGCUGAUUCCUCAACCAUCAGCGGGUUUGAGCCCUUCUGGGACAACAUUUACGGUGGAAUCGAGUCAGCCAGUGAUUCCGCGGGUACCUGCUUCGUGAUGACUGGCUAUGAUUCGCAGGCAACUCCUACGAGGGAUUUGGCUGACAUUCUGGUCGAGGUAAACCUUGUUGCGAGUACGAUCGGAGGAGUUUCUGCCAUGAUGUCAACCGACCCCUCCGAAGAUGUUUCAUUGAUUCAGACGAUCCGAGGUAUAGCAUCAAAUCCAGUGCUUCCGCACAUUGGAAUAUUCAAUACCGGAUACAACAACGUGAUAAUUGAAGCGAUUGUAACAGGAUUUGCACGUCUACCUUACAUUGGCUAUCUGCAAGACUCUGACUACGGAAAGGAAGCCGGACGCAUAACUCUGCAGCUUCUGAGUGGCACAAACGCGACACCACUCUGUUUUAAUGCAAGACCUGACCUCACGUUCAUCAACGAUCGAUGUGCAACGUACUACAAUGAGGUUACCGAUUCGAGCGUCAUUCCUCCUACCGGCGUCCAAUGUAACACGGCUUCAACAGUUGAUGGUAUUGUUUCUAAAAUCGUAGACGCAAAUGCCAACGCGGUUUGGUCACACGUGGACUGUUGCUCUGCUGUAGCCGACGCGGUCGCCAGAGUGCGAUCAAUGGGUAAAUCAGUGAUUGCGGGAUGCAUGGACAUGGAUACUAGCGGAGGCAAAGUGAAUUUUAUAACCACGCAACCAGUCGACCUGCAAGCAUUUCAAGCCAGCACCUGGGUCAACUUUCCAUUGCUCCAAGAAAUGGACGGGAACGACGGUAGAGGGGUGCAAUACUUUCCUUCACUACAAUCGCUGGUUAAUACGGCUGUAUUCAACAUCGUAAACUUAUGA